GGCACAGACAACAGCCACAAGCAUUUGCGAAGUAAUGAAUGUGGAGGCUGUUCUGAAAGAGAAGAGACUGAGAAACAGCAAGAGGCAUUUCAGCUAUGAGGCUCCUGAUGAACCAAUGACUGAUGCACUGAAAAACCUUGAAGUCAACUUCUUUAACAUUGUGGUCGACUCUGCUGUGACAUCCAUGGAUGAGAGAUUUGAAACACUCAACCAGGUGAAAUCCAAAUAUGGAGUGUUGCUAAACUUCAGCACUGCCUCACAGAUGUCUAGUGAAUCUUUAAAGGCUCACUGCAUGGAAGUUCAAAAUACUCUAACCUUCAGAGAUGACUAUGACAUCAGUGGAAUGGAUCUGGCACACGAGAUUCAGAAUUUACCUGAUCUGCCAUCAGAUAAGAUAACUGCAUUUGAGUUGCUUUCAUUUCUCUGUGAGAAAAACCUGGAGGAACUCUAUCCUAAUCUUUGGAUAGCCCUAAGAAUUGCAGUCACCCUGCCUGUAACAGUUGCAUCGUCAGAGAGGAGCUUUUCAAAAUUAAAGCUCAUCAAAAGCUACCUGAGGUCUUCAAUGUCACAGGAACGUUUGAGUGGAUUGGCCAUCAUGAGCAUAAAUCAUGAUGUGGGGAAACACCUGUCCUAUGAUGACAUCAUUGAUGAUUUUGCCUCAAGAAAGUGCAGAAAAGGAAUAUUUUGA